UAGGUUAGAUUAGAUUAGAUAAGUGCAAUUAAGUCAAUGCGUUACCAAAUCAAGUGAAUGGAACUUGGAUACGAAUACAUACUUGUUUUUCUCUGAAACCCUACAUCAGCAACAACAACUCUCCAAUUGAAGCAUACGUAACUUAAAGUUGUGAACCCAGGGAGAAAGUUGCAGCUCGUGGGGGUGUUUUUGUUUUGGCAUUUGUAUACACCGGAGGCGGGUAGUUGGCGUACAGAAGGAAGGUUGUGAGAAUGAGUUCAGACGGGGACAGAAGCAGGAGCAGGAGCAAAAGUAUGAGCAAAAGUAGAAGCAGAAGUAGAAGCAGAAGUAGAAGCAGGAGUCCAGUAGAUCGAAAGAUUCGUAGUGAACGCCAGUCAUUUCGUAGUGCACCUUAUGGGAGAGACCAACGUCGGGGUUUCAGCCAGAACAAUCUGUGCAAGAAUUGCAAGCGCCCUGGCCACUUUGCUAGAGAAUGUCCUAAUGUAGGCAUUUGUCAUAAUUGCGGUCUUCCUGGGCACAUUGCCCUGGAAUGUACCACAAAGUCUCUUUGUUGGAACUGUCGAGAACCUGGCCACACAGCCAGCAGCUGCCCUAAUGAGGGCAUUUGUCACAGGUGUGGCAAGGGUGGUCACCAGGCCAGGGACUGUCAUGUCCCACCACCGCCACCUGGUGAUGUGAGGUUGUGCAACAACUGUUACAAACAAGGCCACCUUGCACCGGAUUGUACCAAUGAGAAGGCCUGCAACAACUGUAGGAGGACAGGUCACCUUGCUCGAGACUGUACUAAUGAACCUGUCUGCAACCUGUGCAACUUGUCAGGACACGUAGCAAGAGGUUGCCCUAAGGCGGAUGAUCUUGCUGGGAGAGGAAGUGUGGUUCGAGGUGGCGGUGGUGGUUACAGUGGUGGUGGCGGUUACAGGGAUGUUGUAUGCAGGAACUGCCAGCAGCUAGGGCAUAUGAGUAGGGACUGUGUUACACCAGUGAUCUGCAAUAUGUGUGGAGGUCGUGGUCAUCUGGCAUAUGAAUGCCCUUCAGGGAGGUACUUGGACCGCUACCCAAGGAGGUACUGAUUGUUGAAGCUUAUCGUGUAAUGGCUAUCCAUGAUAAUUAGGUGUAACGGCAUAUAUUUUGCCAGUUAGUUGUGUUACCAGAAUCUUGAAGUAGACUUUUUUUAGGUUCAGCUGAGGUUUUAAGUUAACAAGUUUCAAUUUGGUCUUUGAGUGCUGUACUAGUGAAUGGAAUUUUUAGCAUUAUUUGAAGUUUGUUGAAGUUGAGAUUUGAAGAAUUUAGUAUUUCAAUCCAUUUUAAUUUUAUCAUAUCAAGAUUAUUAAAAACUA